AUGGCGGCUCCCGAACAGCACAUCUACAUUGACGAAGAUGUCGGCAAAGACGACUCUUCGGCCAACGGCACCGAAGCCGCUCCCUACAAAUCGCUUCUCCAUGCCAUGCUACAACAUGCCCCGACUACCGAGGGAAUCAAGUACCUCACCCGCAAAUCGGUCACCGGCCCCGUCGAGGAAGGUAAUGAAGCUGAACGUCUCGAGUGGAAGGCACCGUCAGCGUCGGCUAUGAAGAAAUCGACCAGACUGUAUGAAGGAGCAUUAAAGAAAGCGGCUAAAGCACAGGAAAUCGCCAUUCGCGAGAAGGCAGAUGCCGAGAAGCGUCAGGUUGUGCUCGAGGAGGCUAAGAAGGUUAUCAUUAAAGAGGAUGCUUCUCUUCCCAAGCCAGUGCGUAUCCGACUCGAUGUCACGGACCCAGCGAUUGUCAAGUUGCGUGCCCCAGAAUCAGAUGAGCCUGGAACUCGUGUUCGCGUGCUCGGUCGGGUUCAUCGUUUGCGAUCACAGAAGGAUGUUAUUUUCAUCACGCUUUAUGAUGGAUAUGGAUAUCUUCAGUGUAUCAUGACGGGUGAUAUGGUCAAGACUUACGACAUGAUGACCUUGACUUUGGAGACGUCUAUUGCCAUCCACGGAGAGAUGCGCGCCGUUCCUCCUAAGCAACAUGCCCCCAACGACCGAGAAUUGCACGCCGACUAUUUCAAGAUCAUUGGCAAGGCGGCGGGUGAUAAGGAGGCCAUUACCAGCCGAGUGGCGCCGGAUGCCGAUCCUCAGACACUUUAUGACAACCGACACUUGGUUCUCCGUGGUGAGACCUCUUCAUCAGUCAUGAAAGUGCGAGCAGCAACCUUGAGAGCGUUUAGGCGAACAUUCGAGGCGACCAGGAUGUUGGAAGUCACCCCUCCUUCCAUGGUGCAGACACAGGUCGAAGGUGGCAGCACACUGUUUUCGUUUGACUACUACGGCGAACCAGCGUAUCUGACACAGUCCUCGCAAUUGUAUCUCGAGACAUGCCUGGCAUCUCUUGGAGAUGUGUUUUGUAUCUGCCCAUCCUUCCGAGCAGAGAAAUCGCUUACCCGUCGUCACUUGUCUGAAUACACUCACAUCGAAGCCGAGCUCGAUUUUAUCACUUUCGACGAUCUCCUCGAACACUUGGAAGAAGUCAUUUCCACAGUUAUUGGCGAAUUGCUCGCCGACGAACAAACCGCCAAACUCAUCAAGGACCUCAACCCAGACUUCAAAGUACCGUCGCGCCCGUUCAAACGCAUGCGAUACUCGGACGCAAUUGACUGGCUACGCGAACACAACAUCCCCAACGAAGAAGGACAACCGCAUCAAUUCGGCGACGAUAUUGCGGAAGCUGCCGAACGUAAGAUGACGGAUAUCAUCAACCAGCCUAUCUUCCUGACACAUUUCCCCGCGGAAAUCAAGGCGUUUUACAUGAAGAAAGACCCACAGGAUCCGCGAGUCACUGAAAGUGUUGACGUACUCAUGCCUGGUGUCGGUGAGAUUGUAGGAGGAAGUUGCCGUAUUGAUGAUUGGGAUGAGUUGAUUGCCGCGUAUAAGCGGGAGGAGAUGGAUCCGUCGCCCUAUUACUGGUACACCGAUCAGCGAAAGUACGGAACGUCGCCCCACGGAGGUUACGGAUUGGGCCUUGAGCGAUUCUUAGCUUGGAUUUGUGGUCGCUACACCGUCCGUGAAUGCUGCUUGUAUCCGAGAUUUACGGGCCGAUGCACGCCAUAG